AUGACGAUUGAACAUUCUCCAACACGUUCGGGAAAUAACGACGCAGACCUUGGAAGCCAGGAAACUCGUUUACAGCAACAGCAACUAGUAAUUGAUGAACUCCAACAACGUCUCCAACAUCUCCAAACAGAAGGGACGUCUUUAAUCCCAGGUACACACUCCCAGCCAGGUAUUUUACCAUUUCAGACACAGGGUGACACAGUACCUACUCAGACUUUGGCCGCCAUCAACCAAAUUAAAUUACCAGGAUUCUGGAAAACCAACCCAGAUCUGUGGUUUAUUCAUGCCGAAGCUCAUUUUUACACGAAGAAAAUCACAGUCGACAGUACCAAAUACUUUCACGUGGUUUCUGCUUUGGACGCCGACUGCCUCAGACAGGUAUCGGAUAUCAUCAGACACCCUCCCGAAGCAGAUAAGUACAAAAAUAUCAAAGAUGAACUUAUUGAAAGAUUUAGUGAUUCCAAAGAAAAACAAUUACAUAAGCUUCUCACAGGAUUGGAACUAGGCACCAGGAAGCCUUCUGAACUCCUCAGAGAAAUGAAAAAUCUCUCUGCUGGUUGUGUCACGGAUGAAAUGAUACGUACACUCUGGUUGAACCAUCUCCCAAUUACAUUACGCAGCAUUCUAUCCGCAACAGAUGAUCUUGAUGUAGACAAAAUGGCCACGUUAGCAGACAAAGUCAACGACGUAACUUCUGGACACACAGUUAUGGCUACACACACUCGCAAUACCACCUCCAGUUCCACCGUGGAAGAGCAAGUACGAAAGUUGAACGAAAGAUUCGAGACACUGGUUCAAGGGUUCAGUGAGCUGACAGCUAGAAUCAACAGGUUGAGUCCUACACAUCAUCGCUCGCGGUCCAGGUCGAAAUCAACUAAUGUCAACUCUGCGAACAACUCCAAUCGUUCGGGAGUAUGCUUCUACCACUGGAAAUUCGGCGAGAAGGCGAAGCGAUGCAUCGAACCCUGCUCAGCCAGUUCGACGACUGGACAGGCGGAAAACUGA